UCCGUUCACAACGACAGGGCCCGUGAAAGGGAAGAAUUUACCGACUUCGUACUGGUCUGCGGCCCCGAGAGGUUUCCAGUCCACAAAGUCAUCAUCUGCAGCCAGUCGAAGUACGAAAUAGCUGAACAAUCGCCGGCAAUGGUGCGGCGGAUGGUAGAAUACUUCUACACCGGCAACUAUAAGGACUGCGGCGAACCCACGCAAGAUCCGAGCAAGGAAACGCCCGAGUGUAGCGACGAGGAGGGGCUCACGGCUUUGUGUAUCCACGCGAGGGUGUUCGCUUUAGCCGAAAUGUACCAGGUGGACGGCCUGCAGAGCUUGGCUGUCACCAAGUACGGCAAGGCGCUCGCGAGAAGCACCAACAUCCAGGACCUCCUUGAUUCGAUUCCGGACGUGUAUCAGCUGACUCCCUGCACCGUCCGGGCUCUUCGC